CCAAUGGAUUUUUUUUUUCUUUGCAGAACUUUCUACGGGUUUGAUUACGCACUUGCAGCUGGGAACAAAAAUCAUGGCAAAAAAGCCCACAUCGGCUGUGCCCAAGACCAUAGUGGAAGAACACCUUGCCAGUGAGGGAGCAGACAGUGAUAACUGCAGUGCCAGCCUCUCAAGCUUCCUGGAGAAUGAAAAACUGAUGUCUCUGGAUAGCAUGAACAGCGACAGCAUGGAUGAUGAUGACAUUGAUGUGGCUGAACUUCCUGACAGUGAGCUGGAGCAGUACUUCAAGACAUUGGUUCCUCCAGCUAUGCAGAGAGGACAAGUGGAAGGGCAAGAGAUCCCUGCAGCAGAACUUAACGGAAAUCAAGAAAAUGAGUCUCUCCCAAGUUCACCUGAUCAAGAAAAGAAUCGCUGUCAGUUUCUUGACGAUUAUGAGCAGGAUGAUUUUCAGAUGCCCCAUAUCCGAUUGGCAGCUACAGGUAUGGACUCCUGUCCUGCCAGUGAUGAAGAGGACACGGAAGAUGAGCUGGAGGCUGCCCUGCGGUGUAGUGCCCCAAGACGGGCAUUCCUGUUAUCCAGCACUACCAGACAGCUGGUUGGUGAAAGCAAUCAUCCAAGCUUCAGGCCUGGUUUGGAAGGGGGAAGCUCUGAUGAUGAUGAAACCCCCGUCAGAGCAGGAAAUCUGGCCACGAACUCCGGGAUUGAGUUCAGGCGCUCGGCUGAGGGUCAGGUCAUCAGCUCACCAGUUACAGGUGGAGGAGGAGAUGGGAGCAGUGGAAGUGACAAGGAGGGCAGUGAUGGUGGCGUGUCGACCGUCCCCUUGUUCUCCAAUAACGCGCAGACUUCCUCUUACGACGUGCUGCGGGGCCUGGGGAUCGUGGGUGGGAACGGCGCCGAAGAUGAGGCGGACGACGAGCCUCUGCCCUCGCAGCUGGCGAGCGGAGAAUUGGUCCCAAGACACAGUGAGAUGGGUGAUCGUGUGGGUCCGGUAGGAACGGGAGAAGCUGGGUCUUCCACCACUGGGCUGGUGCUUUCGGCUGCAUUUCCGUUUCAGAGGACCACAUCUCUAGACCGACAGGAAGCCUUGGGUGCCAUGGACAGCGCGGAGGCCGCCGCGCUCGCCAAUGGGAACCUGGACUCGCUGUACCUGAGGAUUGCCCCCCGACCUUCCGUGCCGCCCGACCAAUCGGACACCUUCCUCGAGGAGGCCCCCGGCAGCUUCCACCUCUCCCAGGUGGUGGUGCCUCCGCACGGCGCUGAGGGCGAGGCGCUGGGGCUCCGGGGGGGGCCCUGCGGGGACUCGCCGGCCCCCGAGCCCCGGACGGACAGCCCCAGCGAGGAGGAGGAGGAGCACCUCCCCGCUGCCGGGUGCCGGCCCUCCCUGGAGGCCAAGUACUUGUCCCAGACCUUCCCGAUGGAAGACUCCGACGAUGGCUGGAGCAACUGCCCUGACAGCACGGCCCCCGACCUAAAUCCCGAGGGAAAUGAGAAGCAUGAUGUAGUCUACCAGAACGAGGAAGGGAAAUGGGUGACCGAUUUGGCAUAUUACUCCUGUUUUGAGAAGGAGCUGGAGGCUAACGGACUAGAAAAUGCUGCUGAACAGUUUCAGACUGAAGACUUCAUCUCGGCCAGCAAUGCUCUUGAAAAAAUUGCUGAAGCUGAAGAGGAAUUUGAAAAGGAGCACCGUUUCAUGCAGGAAGAGCAGAUGGUGGCCCAGAGCGCAAGUCUUGGGCUGGGAGACACUUCCUGGAGGCUUCCUUCCAGAAACUCCAUACUCAUGCGAGCUUCGCAGGUCUCCUCCGAGUUCGAGCACAGCAAUCAGAGCUACCUGCGUCUGUCCUUGGGUCAGUUCUUCGGACAGAGGUCCGAGGCUCUGGGGUGCCUGGGAGUUGAAGGUCAGGACGACGUGAAACGGCCUUCGUUUGGUUACGUCAUCACCUCUCCGGAAAAGAGGGAGCCUUUUGCACUGAUCAGGCCCUCCGGUUUCUCCUCCCAAGGCAGCCCAGGGUCUGACGAUGCUCUGACCUUCAGCGACGCGGACGAAACCAUGAACCCAGAAGAUCUGGACAGAACAUUAGAAGCAGAGACGUCGGCAGCUGUACCUGAAGCAGAAGUUCGUAAGGAAUCUCUUCAAAAGGACAAUCAGGAUCUGCAGCCUAACACCCCCAGUAAUCAAAAAACGUGUAAAGGAAAUGGAGGCUCUUCUCAUGAAGACUUUAUGCUGAGCAUAAGCACCAUUGCAUCCGCAAUAGCAGAUGCCUCUGUCAGUUCCGAUCCAGCGCAGCUUGCUGCCAUGAUAAUGCAGCUGUCUAAGAAAAACCAGAGCAAGAAAUCUCAGACAGGAGUGCAGGGGCGUGCUGUCCAUUCUCAGUCGGAACAGAACAGCCUUCUCGAAGCUCUGCAGAAGAGUACCUCAGCUGGAGAGCUGAGUGUGUUGGACAUUGAGAAGUACCUGAAGAAAACCGAGAUUCCUGGUAGUGACACUGAAGCCGAGACGCGCUCGGUGUCCCCCUACAGCUUUGACUCUCCUGACUGGGCUGACGGCGCUGGUGUCCCGCUGACGCUCUGGGACUCUUUUCCCCCUGCGGACAGUGGGGGUGCUUCCAGGGUCAAGGAAGGCGUCUGCACGAGUGCCUGUGAUGGAAAGGACAACACUGCUGAUUGGGGAAGUAAUGCAGACAAUUCCAGCACUACCAAAUUGUCAGUUCCUUCCCUUGGCGCGAGUGUGACCGGAAGCGCAGGCUCAGCCAGAAAAGAGAUCGCACAAAGAAGUGCUCUCCCGAGACCAAAGACGAGCUAUGCUCCUGUUGGUUCCUCUGCUGGGAGUGAGAGGUCUGUAAGCGCAGGGCAUGCCUGUGGUACUGCAGUAGAAGGUAUUCCUGCUUUUAAUGUGGGUGGUUUGCAAAGGCCGAUACGUGGCAGCACUGUAAAGAAGCCCGGCAAUUCGGGGUUGAUUAAGGACAAUGGAAAAAGCGGCACAAAAUUAGGCAAGGUUAGACCAAAUGUUUCGAGCUCGGAGAUGACGUCUCUUCAAGCCCUUGGCGCUAGCGGCCUGAAGGCAGAAGAGCCUGGCUGUGCACUUCCGGCUCCCAGAUACCCGCCAGGCCAGCGGAGCCCGCCGUCCGGGCUGCCUUCCAACAAAAGCGCCAAAGCCGGUCCCCGGGGUCCGAGCGACGCAGGGGAAAGUCCUCCGAAGAUGAAGACGGCGGUGAAGAGUCCAGCGGGGAAGGGGGGAGGUGGAGCAGAAAAGCGUGUCAGUUUUGUGGGCCCAAGUCCUUCUCCUGUGGCACCGUCGCAAAAUAGAGAUGAUGCUGUCCGCUCCAGAUCCCCUGAGCAGCCUUCCAAGUGUCCCGAAGAGAGCCACAUGACCUUCAGGCCCUCCACAUCCCCUCUCACUCACUCUUCUCCCAGCCAGACCUCGUCACAGGGUGCUGAAGGGUGGAGCCAGACGCGGCGCUCCGAGCCCGCUGCCUCCCGCGCCGCGCAGACGGAUUCGGGUUAUUCCACCGCCGCCAGCAUCCAGCCGCAGCUCAGCGCUGACCAGAGUUCCCAGCAGUGGAAGCACGCCGGAGACCCAGCCCCCGCCAGCGUCUUUGCUGGGAGCCAUCGUCAUUUCGGCUCAGAGGACCAGAGAUACGUUCCCAUCUCCAGCUUCAAGCCUCAGGGGUCUGUGCAGGAUCUCCCUCCCGCGGUCCCCACUCUCCUUACUGGCCGCUCCCUGUUCACUUCUCAGAUUGCCCAGCAGUACCUGGGAACUGAUAUCCCUCUGCAUCUCUACCACGUGGGACCAGCCGCUGGGCUGUAUGGGGUUCCUCCCAGCCUGGCUGGCACCAGCAACCCAGUGGGGCACGUCCAGGGUUCAGGGCCCCUCGGUGUUCAAGUCUCCACUCAUCUCCUGAAUCCAGUCCAGCUUUACAGGACUCCUUCCUCUCUGGAGCCACCCCUGAUCAGUGCCGCCAAACCGUACACCUCCCACAAUGACCUGGGAGCGCUGGACCUGUGGGCUGGAGGAGGGCUUGCGGAUGUCCAAGCACGUGUUGUUGUGCCAGAAGAGCUCAAAUUUCCCCAUGCCUGCUGUGUUGGAAUUGCAUCGCAGACCUCUCUGAGCAUCUUCAACCCAACUGAGCGCUGGCUGCAGGUCAACAUGGCCCCCACCAGCCUGUCUAUCGAUGGGGAGAAGGUGGAGUCCUUGCCUUAUCAGUUGCUGAUCGUGAAAAACAAAACCAUCAUUGGACCCAGAACGAGCGAGGAGCAGAAGGUGCUGUUCAUCCCCCUCCAGGCCGGCGUCUACCAUUGCGUUCUCAGCGUGUCCUCCUGGCCCGUCUCCGCGGAGUCCGGCACCGUGGCGCAGGCAGAAGCCUUCGCACAGAAAGUGGUCCUGAUGGCCAUGGCGGAGACCCCCUUAUUAGAGGUGGACGUGGGGCCAGCGGGUGUUCUGGAUUUUGGCGACCUCACAAGUGGCAGUGUGAAAGCCCUGCCCCUGAAACUCAUCAACCGGACCCACGCCACCGUGCCCGUUCGACUGGUGAUCAGCACAAAUGCCACAGCCUGGCGCUGCUUCACUUUCUCCAAAAGCCCCGUCGCCGCGCAGGCGGAAGGAGUGCUGCAGGCUGGGAGCGUCUCCCCGCUGGCCGCGCCGUCUGUCAUGAGCCAUGUGAUGCACGCCAACUACGGGGAGAAUCCAGAAACCUUCUUGGUGUGGGUUCAUUUCCGUGCUCCUCAGAAAUACGUGUCCAGCUCAGGUACAGUGAGAACACCUUUUUGGUUCCUGUAUACUGUUCAUCUUUUGGCAGCCUUUGGAAAAACCGUCCAACAGACUUUACCUUUAAAGAACGCAGGCAACAUCAAUGUUCAUUUGAAGAUAAAGUGUACGGACUCUGAAGACUGCUUUUCAGUGAAACCAGAGGAGCUUCACCUCCAUGCUGGGGAUGAACAGGGGCUUGUGAUCUCUUUUACUGCACGGGGGAGCAGCAAGUACAGAGAGAGGAUGUUUAUUCCUUGUUUGCUUUUCAGACAACAGAAGCUUGUUCUAAGGAAUAACUCCUCCAGCUCAGUGCAGCAGCUGCGGCUCUUAAUCAGAGGGCAGGAUCAGGACUGCUUUCAGCUUCAGAGUACCUUUGGUCCAGAAGAGAGGCUAACAAACCAUCGUGAGCUGGCUAUCCGCCCCAGAGAAGAUGCGUCUAUCCAUUUGCUGUUUGCUCCGACCCGGGUUGCGUGUAUGCUCGCCAAGCUGGAGAUCAAGCAAUCGGGGAUGCGUUCCUCUCAGCCGGGAAUAAAAUUCACUAUUCCGUUAUCAGGUUACGGAGGGACGAGCAACAUCAUACUGGAGGAGGUGAAGAAGUUGUCGGAGAGCUACGUGGUCACCUUGCCCGGCAUCGCUCCCGGCCAAGUCAGCAAACUGACCUUCUGCAUGCGGAACACCGGCUCGCGAGCCGCCUUCGUCAAAGCGGUGGCCUUUGCGGACCUGCAGACGCGGACGCUGAUGGAUUCCGCGGUCAUCAGCAUAUCUCCAGCCCAGUUUGUCCUGAAGGAGAGGACUCAGGAGGUUAUCACUUUGCUGUGCAAGUCAACGAGAAGGGAGCAAGCUUUGUGCCAGUCCAGCAGUUCUGUCUUGUCAACGGUCUAUUUCUUCUGUGGAGAUGAAAUUUCAAGACAGCAGCUCAGGAGGUUUUUGUGUAACAAACCAGAGGUUGGAAGGCGGGUACUCUCUGAAAACAGCCUUUUGAAGAAUAUAAACUUCAAUGAAAGGUUUCUUAGAGAGGAGCAAGUAACAGAAGUGUAUGAUCUACCUGAGAGGCCUAAUGAUGCUCAGCUUUUCUAUGGCAGCAUGAACAAAGUAAUCCUGUCUGUGCUGGGAAGUUCAGAAGCUCCUGAUUGUACAGAGUCGCACCAGCCUUCUCCAAGACGCAGUUCUGAGGCAGACAGUGGAUUUGGGAGCUCUGAUCGUCACAUCGGCAACGUUUCUCUCGAUGUGCUCCCGGUGAAAGGACCUCAGGGCCCUCCUUUGGCCCUGAAUGUUCCAGAUCCCGCUCUGAGCACAUCCUGUGAACCUCCAGACACCUGGAGUGUCGUUCCAGAGCAGCUGGUUCUGACCGCUCCUACAAUCAAUUGUGCUGCUGACACUGGACAUGUGAAAAUUAUGAACAAAUCCCCCAGAGUUCUUGGUUUUGAGCUGUCCUGGCCUGCCCACUGCCUGACCAUCACUCCACAACACGGACUCAUUGAGCCAGAGAGUCACUUGCAAAUUCUAAUUAGUCCCAACCCAUCCCUUGCUACCAAAUCUUCCAUUCUGCCCUGGAGUGGGAAGAUCUACAUCCAGUGUGACAAUCAGCAGAAGUUCGUUAAGGUGCAGAUCCGCGAAGGUCUGGCCCUCGAUUUGUCGGCCACAGCCUCUUCAGCAAAGCCGCUUGGCGUACUGACUGCCCAGCCAGAGACCCCAGUGCUUCACGUGGCUAAACCACAGCCAAAGGCCCUGCCUACUAAAGUGGAGAUCAAGAACAGGACCCUGGUGUUCCCCACCACAGUGUCUGGAGAGAGCUCAGAGUCCUGUCUCGAGGUAGAGAACAGUGGUGAAGAGGAAGUUCGAUGGUAUCUGUCAUCAUUUGCACCUCCUUAUGUUAAGGGGGUGGACAACAGCGGAGAUGUGUAUCGAGCUACCUACACUGCCUUCAGGUGCUCCCGGGUCUCUGGAACCCUGGGAAGCCAGGAGAAAUUGAAGGUGCCAGUCUCCUUCUUACCUCGGGACCGAGGAGACUAUGCCCAGUUCUGGGACCUUGAGUGCCAUCCUGUAGCAGAGCCGCACAUGAAACAACGGAUUCGCUUCCAGCUUUGCGGGACAGGAGUAAAAGAUGGGGCAACAGCAGGCCAAAAGAAGAAGACGGACCCCGAAAACACCCUGAUAAGAACAGAGACCACUGUGAAAGUGCGGAAGAGAUCUGGGUCAGAUGCUUCUGCAGUUAAACCUGGCGGCGAGGAAGCGACUCGGCGGGGGGUGUACGCGCCCCAGGAUCUCUAUGCCUUCCCGUUGACCAAAGUGGGAGAGUCCAGCACUCUGAAAGUAAAUGUACGCAACAGCUCCUUUGCAACUCAUGUGCUGAAAUUCAUAAGCCCUAGGGAGCCAUUCCACAUCAAGCAUUCCAAAUAUUCCUUAAGGUCCCAACACUAUAUCAACCUACCAGUCCAGUUCAAACCAGGGGCGGCAGGGAACUUUGCCACCUUACUGCUCAUUCAGACCGGCGCGUGCGGAAGUCUCGCUAUUCAACUUACUGGUGAAGCUGUAGAAAAUGUCUAAUUGCCUUUAGAGGCACCAAAGUCUGUGCAUGCUGUUGCCUUUGGAGGUCAUUAGUUGUACUACAUGACUACUUCUGCCUUGAGGAGUGGUGUCGGUAUCAUCAUUCUAGCAGUUUGUUCCUUUUACAUUACAAAGGGUUUCCUUUUUAUUUUUCCUUCUUCCAUUUAAUGUGUGCGCCAAGGAUGCUUCUGCACAAUACUUGGGUAGCUCUCGCCAAAGUAAAGGGGCCAGUUUCAUUUCCUUGCUUUGAUGGUGGUUGGAGGUUUUAGUGAUGUCCCCUCUUGACGGGAUUUAGAUUUGAGCGACCGUGCACAAGUAACUCCCUGCAGAGCUCCAGGGGGUUCACCUAAGAUGAGCAGAUCGAGUGCUGUAGUCUUUGACAGAUAAUGAAUGGCCCCUUUCAUGCAUCCACAGUGCCUUUUACACAGAUAGAAUGAUAGACUAUUACCUCCUGUAAAAACUGGGUAUUCAAAAUCAAGUGCCUUUUCUUGUCCGAAUAAAGCUUUUCAGAAAUGACUUUUCCUCUACACAUAGUAAAGGGCUUUCAUAGAAAAUAAAGACUUCAUUCAAUAUGUUUUUAUAAAAAGUGAGUAAAACAUCACCACUUGGCUUAACUUAUCCAUUCAUUAGUUCUCAGCAGUACACAAGAUGUAUGAGCCCCUGUAACUUAAUAUGACCAUUUCAGCAGGCAUUGGUUAUAGUCUUUCUAGUGUUUUUUUUGGACUGGACAUUAAGAGGAAAAUCUGGUCCACAUAAGCAGAGUAAUAGUCACCACUCUAAAUGAUGCCAUGGACGUCUGUUAAACAUUAAACAUCUGUUAAGGUUUGCUUGGCUACCAUUUUUUUCAGGCUGUCUUUAAGAUAAAAAAUGGAUCCUCUAUGUUUCUAAGAUUGACGUGCCUGCAUUUGUGGUGAAGGGAUGCUGCUAUCCUGCUGGCCAGUGCUUAGUGCCAUGUGAUGGCUUUUGGGAAGUGUCCUGGUGUGUAAUCUGGAUAUGGGCUGUCCAGUCCUGGUCCUGCGGGGACAGCUGUGUCUGCAGGUUGUCUAGGUCUCUAUAAAGCAGUGGCAAAUGAAGAGCUGGGUUUAUUCAAAUGGGCUCAGUUGAUCCAGUAGCCAUCUGGAUAAACUGGAAUGAAAACCUGUUGAAACACACAUCCUCCAAGACCACAGUAGCACAUUCCUAAUGUAGAUCAGGGGGUCACCAACUCGUGUCCUGUAGAGCCAUAAUCCAGCUGUUCUUAUUGGUUACCCAUUAAUAAUCAGUCUGUAAAAAAAAAACUUGGAAUACGUGAAGUUUUGAUUUACUAGAUCUAUUGAUUGCUAAGAGUCAGGAAUAGCCAGCUGUGAUCAUUAAGAGCUGCAGAGUCAUUUUCAGUUCAGAUAAUCAGUAGACUAUUUGAGCAAAUUAUCUGCUGAAAUUGGCCAAAAUAAAAAUGCUUUACAUUUUUAGGAGGUCAUUUAUUGAUAUUAACCAGUUAAACCUGCUUGGUUGUGGCUAUUCAAAAUCGAGGAUGGCCAGUCUUGGUUUACACUACGUGCUUAUGAUCAGGCAAGCGCAGAACACAUCUACUAAAACCCGUGCCUGAAACUUUUUCACAUGUUUGGCAUUAGAUGCUGAAAGUUUUAAAGCCAAGCUUUACUUUUAAAACUACAACCAAAACUUCAGUGAUACAGUAGGUAGGCAAGCUGAUGUCACUUUACUGUGCUGACUCUCCACCCAUCUCUUGUCUAUCAGAAUGUGAAUGAAUGUCUGAAGUCUUUUCCAGACCACUGUGUAAAGAACCUGCAAACUGCGUGCACACAAGAAUGCUUGAGUGUGGAUCAAGGCAUGGCCAAAGAUCUAAUGGCAGUGUCUCCAAACA